GCGUCGACACUCUAGCCCGCCACGCUCUCGCUGCGCCGCCGCCUGCGCAGAGCGGGCGCUCCGGCCCGCGGAGUUGGCUCUCCCUGCUCCCCGCCCCCGGGUUCCCAGUCGCUCUCCGCUGCAUGUCGGUCAUGGACCUCGCCAGCACCUGCUCCAGCUUUCAGUCCGACUUGGAUUUCUGUCCAGAUUGCGGCGCGGUCCUGCCUCUGCCCGGGGCUCAGGAUGCGGUCACCUGUACUCGCUGCGGCUUCGCCAUCAGCGUUCGGGACUUCGAGGGGAAGGUUGUGAAGACUUCAGCUGUGUUCCACAAACUGGGGACAGCCAUGCCUGUGUCGGUGGAGGAAGGGCCUGAGUUCCAGGGACCUGUGGUUGACAGGCGCUGCUCUCGAUGUGGUCAUGAGGGAAUGGCAUACCACACCAGGCAGAUGCGUUCAGCCGAUGAAGGGCAGACCGUCUUCUACACCUGUACCAACUGCAAGUUCCAAGAGAAGGAAGAUUCUUGAUCUUUUUCCUGGGCAGCUCCACAGUCUGUCCCUCCUCUUCCUUGGAAGGUGAAGAAUACUGAGUUCUUGGACAAGGGAUGCCUUGUCCAUCCCUUCUGGUUGCAAUGUUUUGCUCCCAGAGGAGAAUCAAAUCAUCAUAUGAGGAUUACUAUUGUCCCUGGAGUAAGAUACCUCUAGUUGAGUUUCCUUAUUAAAAUUGUAUUUUUCUAUAAGACCCUGACAUAUGUGUUACAUAUAAUCUGUCUUUUUCCAAAGGAAUUUAAAUGAGCUUACAAAUAUAUUUGUAUGAAAAAGAAAACUGGAGGGGGAAAAAAAAGAACAAAAAAAUGGAGCCAGAAAUAAGGCUAAUAUAAAAAGCAUUUAUAAGUAUUCCCACACUAUCUAAAUCUGUUUGGUUUCUCACUUUAGGGAAAUGAAAAGUAGGAAUGCAGAUAGUGAGAGAUUCAACAGAAAUUUUAACCAGAUCUAUUUGGCCUAUAAAUUUGGACAAAAAACCUGAUACUAAGGGGUAUCAGUGUAUACUUACCAUAGGGGUACUUAUGACUCUUGAGAUAAAUAUUAUUAUACAGAUUAUCCUUGAACAACACGGAUUUGAACUGCUCAGGUCCCACUUGGAUUUUCUUCUACCUCUGCCACCCAUAAGAUAACAAGACCAACCCUUCCUCUUCCUUCUCCUCUUGAGCCUACUCAACUUGAAAACAGAGAAUAAAGACCUUUAUGAUGAUCUACUUCCACUUAA